GGUUUCUUAUCCUCCCUCCAGGUGGACGAGUCAACAGAGAGGUCUGUGGUGCUCAAGAACGUCUCGGAAGAAACAUCUGGUAUCUUCAAGUGCGAGGUGAUGGGCGAGGGUCCCUCCUUCCGCACGGCCGUGGAGACCAAGGCGAUGAACGUCGUAGUAACACCAAAACUGGUAGAGAUCCACACACGACCGUUCCUCGACCCUCCAGUGUUCCACAUUGGGGAGAGAAUCAACCUCAACUGUACAGCGACUGGCGCCAAGCCGCGGGCACACCUUGUCUGGGAGAUCAACGGCCAGCCAGUGAAAGAACAAGUAUCUCGAUAUCCAGACUUCGAGGACCAGCGGGGCCGCGUUACUUCGACCGUCAGAAUCAGCUGGGAACCCCCGGCGUACUUCGUUAAAGGCAUAGCCCACGUAGCAUGCCAUGCGCUGGUGGGCGGCCACACAACAACCGCUUUCAAGGAUAUCUAUCUUGACCCAGCCUCUAGCGCCGCCUUCAACCACCAGUACGCUUCCGCAGGAUGCCAAUUGCCGACCACCUGGGCGAUCCUGAGCCUGGCGUCCUUCCUCCUCGCCCGCCCCUUCCCUUUAGGACGCCACCGACCCUAGUCUCGGGCGGCGGGAGGAAAACUCGUGGAAUGCCUAGAGAACCACGAGGAAAAAUAACACAAGAGUGCUCCUUUGCAGUCCUCAGUGAGUCUCCAGCUUGCCAUGACUAUUCAUCACCGCGCGGCUGCUGCAUAGCGCACUGGAUCAAGCUGAUGCGGAGGGAGGGAAGGAAAGAGAGGCCAGGAUGGAAGCGAGGCCAUGUUCAUUAGGAACCGCGAGGUCUCGCCUGGCUGCACGACUGUUACGUGAUACACUUUCAUCAACAGAAACAUUAAUUUGUUAGAUAGUGAUUCAUUUUCAUUGUAAUGAUUUACUUUCCCUUAUGUGAAGCCGGCCGCCCAGUGGAGGAGCGCAGCAUGUAGUUCAGGGAAUACCAAUGACGGUCUGGUAGCAAAGCCACGUGAUCUUCCGAUGAGCUACUUAGCCUCGCUCCGAAUCUUUGCCUCCCAGCCAGCUGAACACUGCUUGGAUUGGCCAUAGACAUGCCCCAGCCUCUCUCUCUGUGUGUGUGUGUGUGUGUGUGUGUGUGUGUGUGUGUGUGUGUGUGUGUGUGUGUGAGCGCACAUAUUCACGCAUGAAAACCUGAAAAAGUGUGUGUACUCGUAGUACAGUACUAUGAGAGUUGUGUUGCGUCAUGAGUGAGGUGGAACAGGGUGCGCAUCCUUCUGUUCUGCGCUGCCAACAUAAUACUCAGCUUGACAUAUCGAAAUGAAGAGGAACUCAGAAUUGCAUAGCAUGGAAAGGAUGGUGCGUCGCUUAUAGGGGACCGCCAGUGGUGUGUAUCAUCAUGAAGUGGAAGCAAACUGACACCGGGACAAACGAAGGCUUCUACGGUGAGCGAUGCCGCGCCGUUCCCUUCGCUGUGCCUCAGAUGCUUAAUCGUCGUGACGAUGUGCAUCAGUCACCGAGUCUAAACAUGUGUUGGGAAGCAAAAAAUUAACCCUUUCACUGUACUCAACAGCAAGCUCAUAAGAAUCUCCACACUUGGCAAGUUGUAAAUAAUGGGGAAAUAUUUCUAAUGCGUGAUUAGCUUGAGGCGCGUGGUAGUACAGGGCCCUCCUGGCGCGUCUGUAAUGGAAAAAAAAAAAAGAAAAAAACAGGAACUGAUGGACCAAAUAACGCGUCCGAAGACUUUUGAAUUCAAAUAGGGGAUUAUCUCUCUCUCUCUCUCUCUCUCUCUCUCUCUCUCUCUCUCUCUCUCUCUCUCUCUCUCUCUAUUUCUCUAUCUAUUUAUACUCUUCUGUGCUAUUUUUGACUGAUAUGUCUGGUCGUUAGCAAUAAUGUCUAUAUGUUAAAGCUGGACUGCGUUAUUGUGUCAAAGCGUGAACGUUUCAGUUGACAUCACUACACGUUGGGCGGACACACGUCGUUCCAGUGUCGUUGUAUAUUAAACCAGAGGACAGACUCAAAUGACACACCACACCAUUGACAAAAUUAAUAUGAAAUAAAUGUCUGUAAUUUUUUCCUUAGUUCAUCAUCAACAUCAAUGUAUAUUUUUUUCAUUGGUCUCAUGGAAACAUAGUCCACCUUGCCCGCACUUCCUCCUGAAAACAACCACAGGAGAAGGCCACGACAGUGAAUCUAAAUCAGGAUGAAUAAGAAUGCUAAAAAAAAACAUCAUAGACGAAUUAAAAUCAGUUCAAUAGCUUUUAAUGACCUUGACGUCCUCUUUUUACAUUUUAUCAGGCUUCGCUUCUGAGUGGCGUGUCCCAGACCCAUGGCGCGCCCACACCGUGGCAGCGACGUCACAUUUUCUUUGCCUAGCCUGACUGACCUGGCUAUCGCGACAGCCCUUCACUCCUCCUUGACACAUCUUGCUCAAAGCCUAGUACUACCCGAGUCUCACAGUGGCGCAGACACUUUAAAAGACACCUUAUGAGAAAGUUGGUGCUAAAGACACCUCGAGUGGAAAGCUUAACAUUAAGGAAUUGAAAAAAAAAUAAGGUUAUCAUACGUGUCAGAAAAUUAAAGAAAUAUAUACGAUUGCUUAAACAGCUCUUUCAACACCUUACCCUCCAAAACUCAAGUACUCGUGUGUUACUGCAGUACAUGAGAGCAGGGAACGCAAGUCUCCCGUUAGUAAGCAGCGGCGCCGCGCGGUGCCAGGCAGAGCCUCCCCAGGCCCACAGCGCCCUGCCUGCGGCCUCAUAGACCCGGACUCACGGAUACACAUUCUGCAACACACGCCUCCCAAGAUACGCAGUUUUACCCUGAGUACCGUCGCUGUGUCCUCCCGCUUCCUGGGGAGCGGCUCCCCCCCGGCCUCCCCGUAGCGCACUUAUAAUCAUUACUGCACAUACCUGUACAUACGUAAAUAUAUACCUCUCACUUUACAUCAUUCUUCAUGUGUAUGUAUCCUACCCAAUAGAUCAUACCCAAUCUUGUAUAAACAAUAAAAAGUGCGUUGUGUAUAUGUAGUGAAGAUUGUUUCUUUCUUAUUUGAGCCAAAUGUGUCAGUUCGUGCCGCACCUCCCUGUCCCUCGCACCUAUCCUCGGUAACAUAGACCCCGCCGUGCCGUGGCAGUCCUCAUGCCUGGAAAUCCCUGGACCCACAUCAGAGGGACACGAGGACUGGAUGUCGCCUCCUGUAGUCGUGACAGUCUUGUUGGGCUUCAUGUUUGUUACUUUUAAGGCAAGCUCAAGGAAAUUUGGUAAAGUAAAAUCUUUAGUUCUUAUAAUAUUAUACUUCCACUGUGUCACUAAUACAAGGGGCGUGGCUGGUCUGUGUCCUGGAGUUGUGCCUCACCGAGCGAUACCUGGGACCAGACUGGAGGACGGCCGAGCACACACCGCUUCAGUUGUCUUCUGUUAUUUGUUUCACUGAACGGGAACUGAAAACUUUCAUAACAAGGACAGAUCGGUGAGCCAGCAAAUGAAGACAUCACCACAAGUCUGAAUGUCUUGACAUGAUUUGUAUAUAAAUAAAGAGCAGGAACUGUACGAUUUCGCUUCACAUCAAACAUAAGCGGCCAAAGCAUCUCUUCAUACAGUAAACCAUGAUGUCACUUAACACUUGCUCUUCCAUAGAAAGCGACAAUCUUUUCAGUACGUUUGUAACACAGCGUUACGUUUCGAUGAGCAUAGUGUUACCAAGACGCUUAAUCCUGUUCCUAUUGUUUCCUAACUUUUGAUUUGUGUAUUCUGUCACCUCAGACACAUUUGUACAAGCUUCCUCAAAAACCUGAUGGAAAAACCAUGUGUUUUCAAAUAUGUCAAUAAAGAAGAUGAGUCUG